AGAGGAGUAAGAGUCCUUUGACAGUUUCUCUUUAGAAGACCUGCAGAAAGAAGCCAGGCAUAUACAGUCUAGAAUUGCUGAUAAAAAGAAAAAAAGAAAUACCUGCUACUAUUGGGAAAAACAUGUACUAAAGGAGGCAAUUGAAGCUCUUUCUACCACCCUGGAAAGGGUUAAAACCAAAUUAAAGGAGAAGCGGCUGGAGAGAAAGGAAAAGCAGAUGCAGGCAGCAGUGAAGGGGUUGCCUGAUUGUGAUGGAGCUCAGCUACCUGUGGCCAGUAUUUCCAGCAAGUGUACAGAGGCUUUCUGUGCACCUGAAAGUGAUUCCAGCUCAUCAUCCCAUGUGCGGAUGUCUGCUGAGCUGCAGGGAGAAGCAACAACUGAGAGUGUGUCAGUCCUCCUGGCAGCAGAGAAUGCAGAGGUCACCAGAAAGCCCCACCUAGCACUGGCUGCCAGUUACCGGCUCAGUAUAUUUGUGGUACACAUACAAAGUACACAGUGCUAGACCUGAACCUGCAGCUGAAAGGAAGAGAUCCUGAUAUCCCGCUCUACGUUCCAUGGAUGCUGGCAUGCCGCAGAGGCAAUGACAGCACCAGAGUUCCUGGAGGCAGAGCUGGAAGAAAUCCUCAUCUAUGAAGACCUUUUUCUGGAAUAUUUCAAUGCCUUUCUCGCCCUUCCAGCAUUUCCGGUAAGGCUAUUCUAUGACCGACUGAUUGGAAAUGUUCGAGAGCUGGAUGGGGUCAUACAGGUCAAUGCCCCGGGGUAUGGGGCCAACGACCUACAACGGGAGAGGACUCUGUACUGGCUCAAACAAGAGAGACUGUCAUUGUUUAGAAAGUCUCCUCUCUUUCUGGAAUAUCAAUUAGCAAAGUUACUGCUCCGUCCCCUGGAAGAUCCACAACCAGUCAGUCGCUAUGGCAUUCGUGGGUACAGCCGCCAGACCAACAGCGCUGCACUGUCCACCAGUUACUCUUCUGUGGCACCCCACCAGCUCAUCUCCCACAGCGUCCUGGCAGAGAGAUCCGCAGGGCUGAUACGCAGACUCCCUAAUCGGGUUUACAGUACACCGGCAGCUUCAGGCUAUGAAUCUGAGACUUACAUCCUUUCUCUCCUGGAGCAAUACAGAGAUGUCCUCAUGAGGCUCUACCAACCCCUCGGGCCUCAGAUUCUGGAUGGAGGUCUCUAUACGUCCUUCGCUUACAGCGGAACCAGAGAAUCUAAUGCCACGGCCCCCCUAGCCAUGCCAAACCAGUUGGACCCCCCAGUUCACCCUACAGACCCUGAUGAUGCCAGGAUGAGUACACAGACUGGUGACGUGGAACGGGCGAUCUCCGAUCAGCACAUGGAGUGGACGGAAAUGGAAGACAUUUAUACAAUCACUGAGGAGGAAGACAUUUUCCUGAAGCAGCAUAAUCUCACCCCGACCACCCUGCAGCAGCUGAAGGAGGAGGCUCUUAGCACAAGAGAAGGCAUGGUGAUGUUUAUAAGCUUCCUCCAGGGCACGCUGGGAUCUCACCUUCUACACUUUUGGAUGGACUGUGAAGAGUUUAAAGAGACGUCUAUAGACCUUGAAAUCAAUCACAGCCCAGAGAAUGCCAGACAGCAGUGUGUUCACUUGUUCAGGAGCAUCCAGAACAAGUACCAGUCAUACCUGAGUCCUGAGUGUCAGGAGCAGAUACGUCUGUGUCAGCAGAACUGGGGCCCGUCAUAUCACGCCCUGAGGAGAUCGCAAUACGAUGGGCUGAGGCGCUUACGCUCCUACUGGAUCCCGCGAUUUCUCAUCCACCGGCAGCGGCAUCACCGCCUCAGGCAGAAAACCGAGAAGAGGAAGCUGGAGUCGACAUCCCUAGAGAACUCGGACGUUCUGCCAGACGUCCUGGAUUCAGCAACUAUGACCUCUAUGUCCAGCCACCAAGAGACGCAUUGGUCUAAGAUGAUCUGCAGUCAAUCUCCGUUAGACAAACUGAUUCCGGCCCUGAAGAAUGAUAGAGAAGCUGGAGGGAUCUUCAUGUACUAUCUUAAGAGGUUCGAGCCUCAGCAGUACACUCAAAUUUUCCUUCUAUGGCAAGAACUGAGUGCCUGCGGUGAGUGGGGACCAGAGGAGGGUGACAGCAGCUGCCAGCAGGAAGUAAUAGGGACCAGCACUGAUGCAUAUCCACUGGCUUCCAUUCCACUUGCAGCAGGUACCAGCUGUGUGUACCCCAAGCAGAUUGACCCGGCCCUGGGAGGAUCGCCACUUUCAGAUUUGGCAUCUGCAUAUCGCUGGACGUUGGCCGCACUGUGUGACCCCUGGAUACGUUUCCUAAAUUAUGAUAUCACCAUGUUUCUCAAGUUUUGUGUUCCCGUUUCCUACAAAAAGACCCAGGAGUCAGAGACGUCAGCAGUAAGCGCCAGCCAAAAAAGGACAAACAAAGAUAAAAGACUGAGAGGUCUGAACUAUGAAGACAACAAAAAAAAGUUCAGGAGGAAAAAAGACAGGAGGACGAUGAUGCCCGGGCUGGUGACGGGAUAUGUCGCCCAGUCCCAGGAAGAUCUUCACACUGCUCUGGAGAUGCUUCAGCAAAGAGCGGUUUAUAAGGCGUACAGAAGGGUUGUGCAGGAAACAGAGGAGCCACAGACACUGAAGGUUCUGGACAUAUUUCACGCUCUGCAACAUAAAAAAGAAAACCGAAAGUUGUUGGGCUUGAUACAAAAGGUUCUAGAGAUGGACGGUAUCCAGAACCCACAACUUCAAGUACUGAGGAAACAUUUAACCAAUGACCUUUCCAAGGGUAAGAUAAGCAACUUGUCCGUGGAACAAGCUACCUUCUUCCUCAGUACACUCUUGGCUGCCUCCUUUAAUAAGUUUUGGAGUGAGAUGCUUGGUCGGUUGAAAGACUAUGGAGUAGAGCAGUCGGGAAAUGAGGGACUGGCAAGACUUGAACCGAUUAUUCAGGCACUAACCACCAAAAUGGUACUCAAGCGUCUUCACGGCCAAAAGAGCAAUAUGUUUCAUCCAGUACAAAUGCAGCCAAGUGCAGAAGACAUAUCCGCCUUCACACGGGCCCUUCAGCUGGCAUCUCAGGGCUGGCCAACACCGGAAGUGCUACAUUUCCUGAGAUACCUACAGGCACACGGCCCGCAAGAGGAACUCCCUCUACUAGACAACAACCUGCUGUGCUGCCUGGAAGUGCAGAAGUAUAAGAACUCCCAUCAUUCAAUGCCAGACCGGGGCCUCCUCAAGAGGAAGGUUAAUGUGAUAAAGGAGCGAUUUCUCUCACCACAGGCAAACCCGGUGCUGCAGCUGUCCCCGGAACUCGCAGAGGCCACGCUACGAGAAGCAGAGGCCGCAGCACAAGCCGAGCUCCCACCUGUCUCCAUAUUUAAUCAUCUCCACGAUGCUCUCUCUGACACAUUGCUUCCAUUCUGGGCUGGAUUUCAGAAAACGUGGCUGAUGCGGUCCCCAGCUAGUGCACAGAGAGCCCCACUGCUCCGGGCCCAGCAGAUGCUCAGGAAACGCCUGGCCCUGUUUCAGCUAGACGAGAAGCCGCUGAGAACCUUCCACCUUCCCCCUAUCCAGCAACCCCCAGAGAAAGAGCCACCAUCUACGGUCACCUUCAGCUUCAGCAUUAGCCACGGGAUUACCUUAAAGGAGAACAGUGUCCAAGGUGGAGAUGCAGAGACUCCUAUCCGACCAGACAGCAGAACACGGUCCCAGGCUGAGGCGUUACCACCAAUAACUACAUCAUCACCAGAGGGGAUACAGCUACGAUGACGGGAGAACGUUAUUAUAGCCAGUGACCAAAUCAGAGAUUAGUCAAAUAAAUAAACCUUCUAUUUUCAGUGUAA